CGGGCGGCGUGGCCGCCAUGGAGAACGUGACGGAGGGCGCCUGGGAGUCGCUGCCGGUGCCGCUGCACCCUCGGGUGCUGGGCGCGCUGCGGGAGCUGGGCUUCCCGCACAUGACGCCGGUGCAGGUGGGAGCCAUCAUCAUCACCCCCACCCGCGAGCUGGCCAUUCAGAUUGAUGAGGUCUUGUCACACUUCACCAAACACUUCCCGCAGCUCAGCCAGAUUCUCUGGAUCGGAGGCAGGAACCCUGGAGAAGAUGUGGAGAGGUUUAAGCAGCAUGGCAUAAACACCAUCCUGGAGUUCUUGCCAAAGCAGAGGAGAACAGGCCUUUUCUCCGCCACACAGACGCAGGAGGUGGAGAACUUGGUGCGUGCUGGCCUGCGGAACCCUGUCCGCAUCUCGGUGAAGGAGAAGGGUGUGGCGGCCAGUAGUACCCGGAAGACACCCUCCCGCCUGGAGAACUUCUACAUGGUAUGUAAGGCAGAUGAAAAAUUCAAUCAGCUGGUGCAUUUUCUUCGAAACCAUAAGCAGGAGAAACAUCUGGUCUUCUUCAGCACCUGCGCCUGCGUGGAGUACUAUGGGAAGGCUCUGGAGGUGCUGGUGAGCGGUGUGCGGGUCCUGUGUAUUCAUGGCAAGAUGAAGCACAAGCGUAACAAGAUCUUCCUGGACUUCCGCAAGCUGCACAGUGGGAUUUUGGUCUGCACAGAUGUGAUGGCGCGGGGCAUCGACAUUCCCGAAGUCCACUGGGUCCUGCAGUACGACCCUCCCAGCAGCGCCAGUGCCUUUGUGCACCGCUGCGGCCGCACAGCGCGCAUCGGCCACGGCGGCAGUGCCCUGGUGUUCCUGCUGCCCAUGGAAGAGUCGUACACCAACUUCCUUGCCAUCAACCAGAAGUGCCCCCUGCAGGAGAUGAGUGUGCAGAAGAACGUGGCCAACGUGCUUCCAGACCUCAAGGCCAUGGCCCUGGCUGACAGAGCUGUGUUUGAAAAGGGCAUGAGAGCCUUCGUGUCCCACGUCCAGGCCUACGCCAAACACGAGUGCAACCUCAUCUUCAGGCUAAAGGAUCUUGACUUUGCCAGCCUUGCCCGAGGUUUUGCCUUGCUCAAGAUGCCCAAGAUGCCAGAACUGAGGGGAAAGCAGUUUCCAGAGUUUGUGCCUGUGGACAUUAAUACAGACACAAUUCCAUUUAAAGAUAAAAUUAGAGAAAAACAAAGACAGAAACUAUUGGAGCAACAAAAAAAGGAGAAAGCAGAAAAUGAGGGGAAACGAAAAUUCAUAAAAAACAAAGCAUGGUCCAAACAGAAAGCCAAAAAGGAAAGGAAGAAAAAGAUGAGUGCAAAAAGGAAGAAGGAAGAGGGCUCUGACAUUGAAGAUGAGGACAUGGAGGAACUUCUUAAUGACACAAGGCUCUUGAAAAAGUUAAAAAAAGGCAAAAUCACUGAAGAAGAAUUUGAGAAGGAGUUGCUGAUAAGCAGCAAAAGAACAAUGAAGACCGCAGAUUUAGGUGUCUCUGACUUGGAAGAUGAAUGCUGACUGCAGAGCCCCAGCUGGCUGCCUGCUGGGUACCUCUUCUUUGUCCCACCACAUGUAGAUCAGGUCAGGGACCCCCAAGGGGAAACAGGCCCUGCUCUGUUGUGACACUGCUAAGACUGUCCUGAAGUGCUUGGUGCACACAUAGCCGCUGGUGUCUUAUUCUGAUCGGCCCACUAGUCUUCUGAGAGUAUUUUAUUUAUUUUAAAUGUAAAGGUAUUGACAUGUACCUGGCUUUGGCAUUUUAAAGUUCUAAGGAGUUCUAGGAACCUGCCCUUCUUCGCAUCUUCAUCUGUGUUCCCAUCUCCUGGGCUACCUUUGUAUUUGCUACCCCAAAUGGAGUACAGUUGGCUGAUGUACUGGCAUGAGACCAGGCUGGCCCCAAGUACUGCCCUCCUGCCUCUGCCUCUGUGUUGAAGUUAGGAUUACAGGAGUACACUGCCAUGUCCAGCCCUCAUAUUAUUAGCAACAGCUGAGAACCAGAAGGUACACUGUGGAGUCUGAAGGUACAGGAGGAGUCUGAGCCUUUUCGUCCAGCUUACCUGUGCAGCUGUGUGCUCCCUUCAGAGCCAGUGUCUGGCCUGAGGUCCACUUUCAGCACCGAUGCGAUAUGGCUUCAAAACUCAUAAUUUAUUUGAAAAGAUGUUGAAUUUGUCACCAAGUAAAAUUUU